AUGAUACGCUUUCACAUCAUUCUCUCUUUCCUCUUCCUCCUUUUUGCUACCUAUAGCUCCGCCAUCACUUCAUCUUCACGAUUCAAGGCCCUACCUCCGGCAGCCUUUCCCGGCCAUUUGCACGCAACAGAACAGCUCUUUCUUCCCUCUACUACAACUAUGCCGCCUGCAGAUUCCACAGAUCUUAUUAGAUCUGAGAAGCGAAGAGUUCCCACAGAAUAUUCAUCAUAUCAUAAGCAGAGGGAAGGGUGUGUGUUGUAA